AAACUCCCUGCCAUCGCUUCUCUUCGCCAAGGUAGAAUCCGGCUCUCCCGCCCGGUAAAGCUUACUCCUGAUUGGCGGAGACGGAAGGGGCUCUGGAAAAGGAGGUCACGUGGUGCAUUCAGUUCAGCUCCGGGGCGCCAUUUUGAAGGAAAGUUUGGGAUUUUCAAGCUGUGUAAGGAGGAGGGGGUAGGUGGAGAAGAAGAAGGAGGAGGGGCGGAGAGCUGACAGAAAGAUAAGGAGAAAGAAAAAUAAGGAUAUGAAGAAAAGGGAAAGAGGUGGAAAGUGGAAAGGGAAGAAGGGAGUAAAACCGUGACCGGAGAAGUGAACUUUUUACGUGGUCCCCGGUAUCCGUGAAAAUAUCCCACUGGCGAAGUGGGCUAAGAAGAAGAAGAAGGAGGAGACGUGAACUUCUGCUGCCGCCGCCCCCUAACUCUCUGUCCAACUUUGUGCUGCACACUAACGGGUCCCGUCCGGCUGGGGCAGAGAGAAAGAUCCCGGAUCGUAUCAAGCCUGAAUGGAUAUAUAACUAUCGGCUGUUGGGAUUUGGGAUCCUCCCUUGCUGAGUGCGUGGAAUAGCCCUGGGGAGUGUCUGCCCUAUAGAACCGAACUCUCCCACUCGUUUCCUGGAGGGGUGGUGGAACCGUGUGAAGUGUUCUGCUCUGAGGAGGGGGACACCUUGGAGUCUCCUGCAGAGGGAGACGCGUAUUGUCGGGCUCAGGCACUUAGCAGCCUGUUGUGUGCACCAUGCCUGUCAGGAAGCAAGAUACUCAACGUGCUUUGAAUCUUCUGGAAGAGUAUCGCUCCAAGCUCAACCAAACUGAGGAUAAGCAACUCAGGAAAUCUAUUGAGCGCGUUAUUGGCAUCUUUCAGAGCAACCUUUUCCAAGCUUUAAUAGAUAUACAAGAAUUUUAUGAAGUGACCUUACAGGACAGUCCCUCAUAUGCAGACAAUUGUAAGCCGCCGGUAGCCAUACAGCCUGUGAACACAUGGGAGUUUUCCAGCCUUCCCAGCACUGCCGUGACAUCAGAAACACUACCAAGCAGCCUUAGCCAAAGCGUCGAGAAAUAUCGGUUCCAAGAUGAUGAUCUCCCAUCGCAAGAGCCCAUCUCUCCACACGUCCUAAAUGAGGAAAGAAGUCCAGAAUUAGUUCAGGUCUCUGAGAAGAAUAUCUCCCAGAUAGAAAAUAUCCAUGGACUUGUGUCACAUUCGCACAUUUCUCCCAUAAAACCCACUGAAGCUGGCUCUCCCUGUCCUCCCAUUGUCCCUGUGAUCCCUGUCAUACCAGUCCCUGCCGAGAGCAAUGUCAUCCCACCCUCCGCUCCACAGGCAAAUCCCCCACCGGUGAUUGUGAACACAGAUAGCCUGGACACGCCACCCUAUGUGAAUGGAACAGAUGCAGAUUAUGAAUAUGAGGAAAUUACGCUUGAAAGGGGUACAUCAGGACUCGGGUUUAGCAUUGCAGGCGGUACGGACAACCCACACAUUGGCGAUGACACAAGCAUAUUCAUCACAAAAAUCAUUUCUGGAGGAGCUGCUGCUCAAGAUGGAAGAUUACGGGUUAAUGACUGUAUAUUACGGGUGAACGAUGUGGACGUACACGAUGUAACGCACAGUAAGGCUGUCGAAGCAUUAAAAGAGGCUGGGUCCAUUGUCCGACUAUAUGUCAGAAGGAGAAAGCCUAUCACAGAGAAAAUAAUGGAGCUUAAGCUUGUAAAAGGCCCUAAAGCAGGUCUUGGAUUUAGCAUAGCUGGUGGUGUAGGAAAUCAGCACAUUCCUGGAGACAACAGUAUUUAUGUAACUAAAAUCAUUGAAGGCGGCGCAGCUCACAAAGAUGGAAAACUUCAAAUUGGGGACAAGCUUCUAGCGGUGAACUCUGUGUGUUUGGAAGAUGUUAGUCACGAAGAAGCCGUGACCGCUUUAAAAAAUACGUCCGACUUUGUUUAUCUGAAAGUAGCAAAACCUACCACCAUGUUCAUGAAUGACAGCUAUGCACCUCCAGAUAUCACAAACUCAUAUUCUCAGCAAGUGGAUAACCAUAUCAGUCCUUCUGGAUAUCUAGGGCACCAGUUACCUCCCUCUCCCGGUAGAUAUUCCCCUGUCCCUAAAGCAAUGCUUGGAGAAGACGAUUUAACACGGGAACCAAGAAAGAUUGUAUUGCACAGAGGAACAACCGGGUUAGGCUUUAAUAUUGUUGGAGGUGAAGACGGGGAAGGAAUUUUCAUUUCGUUCAUCCUCGCCGGAGGUCCAGCUGAUUUGAGUGGAGAGCUACAAAAAGGGGACCGCAUUAUAUCAGUAAAUGGUGUUGACCUUCGAGGUGCCACUCAUGAGCAGGCAGCAACUGCCUUAAAGAACGCCGGCCAGUCAGUUACUAUUAUCGCACAAUACCGUCCAGAAGAAUAUAGUCGUUUUGAAGCAAAAAUCCAUGAUUUAAGGGAACAGAUGAUGAAUAGCAGCAUCAGCUCAGGAUCUGGCUCCCUUCGGACAAGCCAGAAACGAUCAUUAUAUGUCAGGGCCCUCUUUGAUUACGACAAGACUAAAGACAGCGGCCUUCCGAGCCAAGGACUUAACUUCAAGUUCGGUGAUAUUCUGCACGUUGUUAACGCUUCAGAUGAUGAAUGGUGGCAAGCACGUCAAGUUACUCCUGAUGGAGAAAGUGAGGAGAUUGGUGUUAUUCCAAGCAAACGCAGAGUUGAAAAGAAGGAAAGAGCAAGAUUAAAGACUGUGAAGUUUAACUCAAAAGCAAGAGGGGACAAAGGGCAGUCAUUCAAUGACAAGCGUAAAAAGAACCUCUUUUCCCGAAAAUUUCCAUUCUACAAGAACAAGGACCAGAGUGAAAUGGAAACAAGUGAUAUAGACCAACAUGUAACCUCUAAUGCCAGCGAUAGUGAAAGUAGUUACCUAAUCUUGAUCACGGAUGAGUAUGGAUGCUCACAAGGCGGACAAGAAGAGUGUGUUUUGUCAUAUGAACCAGUAAAUCAGCAAGAAGUAAACUACUCCAGGCCAGUAAUUAUUUUAGGACCCAUGAAGGACCGAAUUAAUGAUGACCUAAUUUCAGAAUUUCCAGAAAAAUUUGGUUCUUGUGUUCCACAUACAACUCGACCAAAAAGAGACUACGAGGUAGACAGAAGGGAUUAUCAUUUUGUAGCUUCUCGAGAGCAGAUGGAAAAAGAUAUCCAGGAUCACAAGUUUAUUGAAGCCGGGCAGUACAAUAAUCAUCUCUAUGGAACGAGUGUACAGUCUGUGCGGGAGGUGGCGGAGAGGGGAAAACACUGCAUUCUUGAUGUCUCUGGCAAUGCGAUCAAAAGGCUACAGAUAGCCCUGUUGUACCCAAUCUCCAUCUUCAUCAAGCCUAAAUCUAUGGAAAAUAUAAUGGAAAUGAAUAAACGCCUGACUGAGGAUCAAGCCCGCAAGACGUUUGAUAGAGCUAUGAAACUAGAGCAAGAAUUUACAGAACAUUUUACAGCAAUUGUACAGGGCGACACAUUAGAGGAAAUCUACAACCAGGUCAAACAGAUCAUAGAAGAACAGUCCAGCUCAUAUAUCUGGGUUCCUGCAAAAGAGAAGCUAUGAAAACAUGAUGUUUGUGCGGUCCAGGACCCCUCAUGACAUUCUAGCCCAUAGGCGCAGGUCCAUAUUAAAGGGACUGCUCCUUCCACUUAUUUGCUGCCAUUCUUUCCACCUUUAUUCGUUGUCGCAUUUUAACAAAACUGUUUUUAAUAAUGUCACUUUUGUUUUAAGUUUUCUAAUUUUAAAGAAGGUGGAAUGGUCGGACCUGUAUUUAAAGGUUUAGGGAAAUAAGUGGUAAACAAAGAAAAAUCCUUAAUGUUUAAGGGAAAGUUGACAUUUUCACAAAAAAAAGCUUUAUAAAUAGACAAUUUAUAAAAAUAAAUGAAAUAAGUGGUCUUAACAUACAACAUUGUGAGCAACUUUGCACAAUUUGCUUUUUAAUAGCAUGGUUUGGCUUAUGCAUUUCGCUCCAAAUGAACUUAUUAAAUAACACAGUUCUCUACAUGGGGCGGGUGAAUUGUUUUACGUUUCCAAAUUCCACUGAUUGGCUUUGCAAUCUACUUUAAAACCUAUCCAGAGAAGCAAGAGGUUUAACUCAGCAGUUGGUUUUCACUUUUGCUUUAAGGUUAUUUUAGGAUUUUUUGUUUUGUUUUGUUCCAAUGAUACAGCUCUAGGAACGAUAUGUUUAGUUGUGCUCCUAUAACACUAUUUACAAUGUCCAAUAAUGCUUUUGAUACGGACCUGUUUUCUGAAACACAAAGAUAAAUUUCAGGUAAUUAACACAGCAUCUUUAUUGUCCAGUGAUGUAUAUAGCACUACAUGAAAAGAAUAUCUUUACAUUGCAUCUAAAAAUUGGAAUCAUAGACUGUAUGUGUAUUCUUAGAAGACAGAUUUUAAUAUUUUACCCACGGUAUCUGCCUAUUUUGUUAUAAUAAAUAUAUAUUAAAACUUAAUCGCAACAAUUGGAGUACUUUUCUUUAAAUACUUGCACAUGAGAAUAAAAAAAAUAUAACAAAAUAUAUAUAUAUAUAUUUUUCUUUUACCACCUCCACAAUAUUUUUGGUUAAUAUACCCUGCAUUUUCCUUCCAUGUGAAAUAUGCACAAGGCAUUUGUGGCUAUGUUAAUUGAUGCUGGGGUUGAGGAAGAUUAGCUGCUUAAUUAAGUAUAGGCGUGUUCUCCUCUCUUCUGAAGAGUCUCUGGUGUUUUAUGUAAUAUCUGCAUGUCUACCCUGUGUGAGAUUUCAACUAAUACGGUCUUGAGUUAUAAAUUGCAUUUUCACUUAAUGCUGCAUGUAUCAUGUCCAUGUCUAAUUUGGGGUCACGCUGCCAUCCGCUGACCUUUUGUGUGGCGCGUUACGUCUGUUUUCAGUGGGUUGCGCAUACAAAGGGUUGAGUGGACGUUUCACAAGUAAACUUUAUUUUUUUUGUAAUAUGUAUUGUUUGGUACUGAAUCAUUGCUUUUGUUUUCUUUUAUUUUUUUGUUUCUAAAGAAAUAUGUAUGCUUUCCAUUAAUUCUUUCUACUAGAUAAGCAUUAGUUUGUAAGGAACAAAGCAGCAUUAUUCAUUCCAUAUAUCAGAAAGAGGAGAACAGCUAAUAAACUUUUAAUGAAAAAAAAA